CUGGGAUUAGCUUCACCGGAAGGGCGAUAGCUGUUCAAAGUGGUAUCUCUCUACUACUAUCUAAUGGGCAAUAUGUGCUAGCCUUAUCUAUGAAAGUAUGUGAUUGAGAUCAAACCUCCUAUCCUGACGUGGCCUUAUUCAGCGGUGGGAGAUGCCAGCUCGGAAUCACCGUGAUGUCUGAACAACAGCUGCCCGACCGACUCUGCACUGACGGUGACCGGCACCUGGCGGGCGGCAAUCCAACCAAAGCCGCCGCCUGUUACAGCGCGGCUUUCAGUCGGGAUGCCGAGGCGGCAGUCCGCCACGUACAGUCUCUGGGGGACGUCGGCCUGGCCAGCAUCGUGGCCGUCCUGGAGGGCUGGUGCGCCGGCCACACGUGGGUGCCGCUCCAGGUUGGGGUCGAGCCGGCUGGCGAGGCUCCCGUGAGCGCCGGGAUGGCCGCCGGCUUCCUCUUGCUGUUGGACCCCAGUAACCUGAUAGCCUCGGUGCUGAGAGUGGACACGCUGCUAAGGAGCGGGCAGCACGACGAGGCUGUGAGCCGCUGCAACGCCCUGCUCAACGCGCACCCGAAGCACGCGUUGGGCCUGCUGCUAACCCGGGCCCUGGCCUGGGUCCUGUCCGACAGGCACUCGGGCAACGGCGUGGUGGACUACCUGCAGGCCUUCGCCAAGCGCCGGGAAGAAACCGUGGCGUUCGUGACCACCAGGCAGACGGCCGACCUGCCACGCAUCGUCGACGCCUUCAACCACUACGUGUCUCAGCACCAAAAGAGCGCCCGUGGCGGCCUCUGA